GAUGAAGACAGCACUGUGCCUUUAAGGAUGAAAUUAUUCUCAUCCCAGGUUCCGCCGUCACUUAGCAACAGGGUGUUUGCUAGAUUGAAAACCUCAGGGCCCUUUUGUGCCUGUCUUUUUUUUCCUGCCAUUUUCUCCCAGUUUCACAAGCUACUGACCAAAGAGGAAGGCAAAAUGACCGAGGAUCAGCCUCAACAGGUCACUGGCCCCAGUGACCGUCAGGCCGGGGUCACGUCCCCACAAACCAGUGACUAUUAUCUGGUGAGUGAGAACCUACCAGCCAGAUUCAACCAUCCUGGAUGUUUUCGCGGUUACAGGACUAAGGAAUCCCAUCCACUAUACAGGACAGCGAACCAGUCCUAUGGAAGCAGAGCCCCAACUGUUCACGAAAUGCCAACAACUUUUAACACGAUUCCGCAUCAUUUUUCCAGCCAACUUGCCCAGUGUGGAAUGUACAGAAACAAUGGGUUUAACACUUUCUCGGAAAAAAGCUCUGUAACUGGCCCUGAUAACUUAAUCAGCUUUUACGAUCGGUUCAACUUUCAUCCCAGUUACAAUGUUAACCAACCAUCUAUCUGUAAAUGAUAUCUAGUCUUCGAGUCAACCAUCUAUCUGUAAAUGAUAUCUAGUCUCCGAUCAUCAGCUGGUACACCUCAAUUUCUGCCUGUGGUCAUAUUCCCUUCAUUGUGACCUGCCCAGUCCAACACCGCUUAACGUUCUGGAGGAUUUUGGCUAAAAUUCCAUGCAAAAAAUAAAAUCGAUGUAAAAAUA